AUGAUUCCGGAACAAGUUGGUUUGAAACAAGAACAAACCAAACAAGAACAGGCAAAGGAGGACAAUGGCACCAAGAGUAGUAUUGAAAAUUCAGUGAUUGCCAAACGUUCUCGGGAAUUCUUUCGUCUUUCUCAUUAUGAACAGGCUGGAGGAAAAAGUACAACGGCCAUUGAAGAGGAAAAGCAGAUGAAGGAACAAGAAGCAUUAUCGGAGCAAGAAGUAUUGAAUAUGUUGGUUCAUGGUGGAACAGAUAAUGAAAACCUUCGUCAAAAAACAAGCCUCAUUCAAACCAUUCAUGAUUCAAUUAUCGGAGAUGAUGAAGUUUUUAAAUCACCUUUUGGAUAUAGAAAAAUAACUUAUUGUGACUAUACAGCUUCUGGAAGGUCGCUUAGUUUUUUGGAAGAGUUCAUGAAGAAGCAGGUGAUGACCAUGUAUGCCAAUACUCACACAACAAGCUCAAUAACUGGUCUUCAAAGUACAUUAUUUAGACAUGAGGCUCGUUAUAUUGUAAGAAAUGCACUAAACUGUGGAAAGAAGGAUGUUUUAAUAUUUACUGGAAGUGGUUCUACAAGUGCUGUAAACAAGUUGGUUCACUUGUUGGGUCUUCAGAAGGGCGGUGACAUGAAUUUGCUCUUGGAAAAGAGAAAAUGGGAAAAAGAGUUCAAUAUCAAGAAUAAUUUAUUAGAAGACAAUUUCAGACAGCCACAAACUAAUUCUCCUUUUCCCUCUGACAAUGACCAAUUUUAUGAUGAUUAUUACAACAUAGAGAAUGGAGCUGAUAUUGACGAAUUACGACCUGUUGUUUUUGUAGGACCAAUGGAACAUCACUCAAACAUUCUUCCAUGGAGAGAAUCUUGUUGUCACAUUGUUCCAAUCAAAUUAUAUAUACCAACGACUGGCUCUACUGCCACAAGAAACGAAGUUGCUGAUUUAGAGGACUUAGAAAACAAGUUAAAACACUUCAAGAAUGGAAAGAGACAAUUAAUUGGAGUCUUUUCAGCUGCUUCCAAUGUCACAGGUGUUUUAGAGCCUAAUGUGAAUAAGAUAUCCAUCUUGAUGCACAAAUAUGGAGGUUAUGUAGUUUGGGAUUAUGCUGCAGCAGCUCCCUAUGUAAAGAUGGACAUGAAUCCAAGAGGAGUCUCAACCGAAAAUUUGGAUCAUACAUUUGGAAAGAUUACUGAAGAAAUUCCAGACGAGGACAAACCUUUAUGUUACAAGGAUGCUCUGGUAUUCAGCCCACAUAAAUUCGUUGGUGGCCCAGGCACGCCAGGAGUCCUUGUUGUCAAAAAACACAUGUUCAAGAAUAAGAUUCCAGAAAAUCCUGGAGGAGGUACAGUAUUCUUUGUGACCGAUAGAGAUCAUCACUAUGUGAAAAAGUCAUACGAAAGAGAAGAAGGUGGUACACCAGAAAUUUUGGGAUCAGUCAGAUGUGGUCUUGUUUUCCAACUUCGUCAAGCAGUCGGUACUCAAUUAAUUUCUCAAAUAGAGACAGAUUUUACGAAUCGUGCCUUCAACGAAUUCAAGUCUGUCAAGAACUUGGUAAUUCUUGGCCAUGGUCAAAAUACUCCUCGCCUUCCAAUUUUCAGCUUCCUUAUUAGACACCAUAAUUCAUUCCUUCCAUCUACCUUCGUGUCAAUAUUGUUGAAUGAUUUGUUUGGUAUUCAAACUAGAUCUGGUUGCGCUUGUGCUGGCCCAUUUGCUCACUUCCUCUUUGGGCUCAAGUACAGCGAAUCUAAAAACCUUGAAAAUGUGCUCUUGUCAGAUGAUGAUUAUGAGUUUUUGAGACCUGGUUUCGUGAGAUUGAAUUUCAAUUACUUUAUGGAUGAGGAUACAUUUGUAUACAUUACAAAGUCUGUUAAAUUUGUUGCAGAACAUGGAUACAAAUUUUUACCAUAUUAUUACUUUUAUCCAGAAACAGGAGAAUGGUUGCACAAUCAAAACAGAAAAUUCCCCACCAGAAGAUGGCUACAAAACAUUUCAUACAAGAAUGGAAAACUCGAAUAUAGACAAGAAAUUGGCUACAAGAUUACUUCCCCAAGCAAGGAAUAUGAAAAGUAUUUAAAACAUGCUGAAGAAAUGGCUGAUCAAGCAGUUAAGGAAUUCUCUAAUCCUAAAUUCAGAAUUGUUGACCAAGAUUUACUACUACUCAACAAGACUAAUACUAAUUUAUUGAAAGAAAACAGCAUUAUCAAUAAGGAGAACCUUCCAACAAAAGAAGAAGAAAUUGAUCAUGCCGAAAAAUGGAGAUGGUUUGUCUUCCCUAAGCAAAUUGUGGAAGAGUUACAAGGAGGUGACAUUCAUUCAAUUUUCAAAGCUUCUUAUUUGAAGCCAUGGACAGGUUUCGCAGUUUCAGAACAAUCAGUUUCUUCAAACGAAACUGCCUCCACACAAAGUCGUCUCAUUCACUCCACUCUCACUUCAGAAAUUAAUCCAGUUUCAUCUUCGCUCAUUGGAGUAGAGUUACCAUCAUCAUCGACACAAUCAACAGAAACGAAUGUACAAGUGGAACCUUCUUCAUCUACUCUACCUACGUCAUCUAUUGAUGGUUUUGAUAUUGGAGAAGAUGAUUUUGGAGGAGAUUGGAAAAAAGAAAGUACUGCCAAACCUUAUGUUCAAAAACGACCAGUCAUGUACAGCAGACCUGUCAAUGUUUUUGAUCAUGAGACCAACAAGGAAAUUAUACUCUCUGACGAGGAUGACAAGAAACGUCGAGAGGCACUCAAGAAACACUACAAAAUGUGGCCAAAAGUUGAUGCUAAAACCAUUAUGGGACCUGUAAAGAGAGCCAUUCGUGAGUACGACAUGAUUCGUGACGGGGAUCGUUUGCUUUUAGGAUUAUCUGGUGGUAAAGAUUCCCUCACUUUGCUUCAUGUUUUGCACGCACUUCAAUACAGCAAUUUGGGAGUGAAAUUUGAAUUUGGUGCCUGUACAGUGGAUCCACAAACAGCAUCCUAUGAUCCUUCUCCACUCAUUAACUAUUGUAAACAAUUAGGUGUUCCAUAUUUCUAUGAAUCUCAAUCUGUCAUUGAGGGAGCUAAGGAAUGUAAUGCAUCGUCUAUUUGUGCAUGGUGUGCCAGAAUGAAGAGAGGAAUUUUGUACAACACUGCAAGAAGAGAAGGGUAUAAUGUAUUGGUUUUGGGACAACAUUGUGACGAUUUGGCAGAGAGUUUUAUCAUGUCCAUUUUCCAUAAUGGUUAUAUGAGAACCAUGAAGGCUCAUUACACAAUUGAUGCUGGAGAUUUACGUGUGAUUAGACCUUUGAUUUAUGUCAGAGAGAGCGAGACAAAGAAGUUUGCAUGGGAAAACAAGUUACCUGUCAUUAAUGAGAAUUGCCCUGCUUGCUUUGAAAUUCCAAAAGAAAGAGCACGCAUCAAGACACUCCUCGCCAAUCAAGAGCUUAUUUAUCCACAAUUAUUCCUUAGUUUACAAACAGCCAUGAAACCACUCAUGAGCAAAGAUAUUGAAGUGGAGGGACACAAAAAAUUCAAGAGUGCCAAGCCCAAGUUUGAAACAAUCACACAAUACAUUAAGGGAUACAAUGCCAACGAAGGUUCUUCCAGUGAUGACUCUAUGGUUUGCAGAAGAAAAACAAUGGAGGAGGACGACGAGUUCAAUGAUGACGACGAUGUUGGAAACGUUGUCACCAGUAAGAAGGAGUAA